AUGGCGAAAACAACCACGGCAUCCAACGCUAUCACGGGUAAGCUUUGUGUUGUUAUUUUGGCACCACGAUGCUCGGGGUUUGUUUCGGCAGACACACGAAUGACGCAAUUGGCAUUUCCACUGUGCGUGAUGCUGCUGCACUGUUUUGUUUAUCACUGUGCCGGUUCAAUAGAUGCGGGUCUGCAAUGACAUUAACUAUUUUAUCCAAAAGAUUCAUAUAAUUGUCUGCAAAUAUUUUCUUGUGGGGAUAAAGUGACAGAAACAGAAGCGAUACCUCCUUUUGUGUUUCUGUCAUUUACCAUUGUGUCAGUCACCUUUAAGUAAUUUGAAAUAAUGAACACGCACCAGUCACAGUCAAACCAUAAUCAGGCAACGCUGCUGUGAGUGUAGGUUUUUCCCCCUUUCCAAUGGCACAACCCACAUCAGAUAAAGUGGUUCAAAUGGGUGGAGAUAUUGAUGCCAGUGACACAGCAUACGCGUAUAUUGCACUCUUUUAUUUUAAGAGAAUCAAAACUCAUUGUCUGAUGACUCUUGAGGUUAUGUAGACUGGGUCAUUGUCUCUAGAGCCCUGUAUUUAUAGGCUGUCCUCCACGCCCUGGCAGUGGAGAGAUCUCCCUAUGGGUCAGUAAUCAUGUUUGAUACAGUUGAGUCACUCUGCUCUGAUCCAGACAGUAAAAGACUGCGUCUGUUGUCACACUAUCUCACUUGUUCUUUUAGGACAUAUUUCAAGUCUUUAUGAUUUCAAAAAAAACUUGGAAACACAAUGAAUUAAGAAAAAAAAAAACAUUUUCUUAAACAGUAUUGUCUCAGUGGCAGAUUGUUCUACCAUGGUUUACUUUUUGCAGCUUGUAUCUAGGCUGAAAAACUGCAGGUUAAGGAUAAAUGUUUGGACAACUCUAUAUGAUAAAGAACCAGCAUAGAGAAUGAGCAUCUUUCUCCUCAAAGCAAUAAAAGCUAAAGAAACACAAUGUAGUUCAGUAGACUACCAGAGUUCAUCCAUAAAAUAUUUUCAUUGAAAAUGACAAAUGUCACAAUUUAAGCACUUGUGUAUUUAACAACACCGACAUAAAUCAUAUGUAAAAUUCAGUCACUGAUGUCUGCCAGACUUCAGAAUGAAAGCUCUGUCAAUUACAGUAGAUAGACAAAACUGCGUGUGAGCAUUUCAGAGUUGAAAGACAAAGGAAUAAUGAUCAUUUUACCUCUUAAGUUUACUUGCUGCACUCAGGACUCCAACACCUGACUUACAUGCAGUCAUUUGGGUACUUCAAGAUUAUUCUAAUAGUCUGUGUAAUUUGUGUAUUUCAGCUGUCUCAUUGAUCCUCAAAUAUGCUUGUUUAACAGUUUGGUUAAAGCUGCAGUAAGGAAUUUUUUAUCUGUCUUGACUUUGGAGCCCCCCUGUGUUCAAAGGUGGUAACACUUAAAUCACUGCUAUUUGGUCUAGCCCUCAUGAACUGGCAUCAAAUGAUGGAACAUUCUCCUAUUGCUGUCUUUUUACAUUAAUAUUUAUCCCACACCAAGAAUAUUAGGUGCCUGAAAAGUAAAGAUUGUUUCUUCAGCGUACCUACCCCCUCACAGCAGUUACAUGCAAAAAUUAUAAUAAAAAAUUUUGAGUCUUGACAUCAAUGGUCUCAUCAUUGUUAUCAUUGUUGAUUUGAGUUUGUUUCACCAAUCAAAAACUUCUUACAGGAGCUUUAAAAUAAGUAAAGAUAGAUAGAUAGAUAGAUAGAUAGAUAGAUAGAUAGAUAGAUAGAUAGAUAGAUAGAUAGAUAGAUAGAUAGACAGAUAGAUAGACUUUAUGAUCCCAAACUGGGAAAUUCUCAAAUUCUAUGUGAUCAGUAUAUGCACUGAAUACAAUGUCCUAUUUUGGACAUCAUACCCAUCAGUGGUGUGAAAAAAAAGUGCCUCAUUUGAAAAGUGUUUGAGAAAACUCAUUUGAGUCGAUGGACAAUGGGUUUUGAGCUUUUAAUAUUAAUCCACAAUCACACACACACCACACUCACACACACGCGCACAUACACACACACACUCCAGUCAUCUGUGUGACUGGGAUCUGUGAGGCUAAAAUGAGGAUAUCAGCUCUAAUGUUUAGAUCAACUAUUCGUGUAUUCUAUUGUGUUUUAUAGGUGAAAAAAUGGCCCCACCAUCCAUCGCUCUACUUCCUGAAAAGAAAUCUCCGACAAACGGCCACAACUCCCCAGCCCGCAAACUCAGUGAGUAAUCCUCUCCGGCUUUCGUCACGUAAUGCACUCUUUCAACUCGAUCAUUAAAAAGUCUCUUAGACCACAGUGAUUUGGGUUAUUGCACUUUACUAGUGACACAUAAUAUGAUGUAUCUAAUAACUCAGAGGAGGAUCUCCAGUGUGAGAGUUCAGUAGAAAUAACUAAAAAGACGCCCAGCAAGUCUAGAGUGGCUCUCCUUCAAGGACAGUUUCCUCCCCUCUUCUACAUAUUGCUGCAGUUUGCCCUUGGCAUGGACCGACUAUACCAUGCUUGGCAUUUUGCAACACAAUGUAUUGAACACAGAGCAGCAGAAAGGUUUCCCUCUGCAGGUAAUACAGGAGAACUGCAGGCCAGUCUUGAGGUGCUGAUGUCAUUCCUCUUUAACAAUCUCUUCCUCUCUAUUAUGGUGACUUCAGCUCCAUCCAGCACAGAGAAGAAGCCACAGAUAAACGGGCACGCAUCCCCUUUACACAUCAACAACAACCAUGCAGGUAAACAAAGUAAGUCUUCUUUUGGCUUCUAUGAUGCAGAUUUUUCUCCCUACUUUAGUUUUGCUGCAUUGACAACUUCCUCUUGCAUCUUUGCUGCUUACAGUUGUAGAGGGCUACAUGAAGACUGAUGAUAGGAUGCGACUAGCCAAAGAGAGACGGGAGGAGAGAGAAAGAAGCCUGGGUAAGAUGUGUCCUGUUUUUUAGGGAGUGAAUAAAAAGGCAUCCUGCUGUGUAGUUUUUUUCCACUCCAAAGUUUUCUGUGGUGGCCUUUUGUCUCUCUACAGUUUAAUUGGUCAUGGAGGAGUAUUAUCCUGCCAGUAGACGAUUUACUUUGAGUUCACUGGGUUUUUGAUGUGAUUAGCUCGGUCACUUCAGAGGAUGUGACAGUAACGGAGAAUAAUCCACAAAAGUAGGUCUCCCACUCACAGUAAAUCAUGCAGCCCCUGCAGUUUCCUCUCAGAGACAUGCAUUUCUAUCUUUGUGGAAGUUACAGAUCUGGGGACAAAAUCAUUGUUUCUAAAAGGCAAUUUUCUUUUAUCUUAUGAAAUUUUUGAAGGUUUGGCAAGAGGAAAUGACAGUUACCACCAAAUCACAAAGAAAAUCCCUUAUUUAAAUCCCUGUGAAGAACUUUCUGUUUUUGUCACUUUGAAUGCCCCCUGUGGACAAAGCUAUAUUUGUUAAUCUUGUCCUCAACAUGUUUGACUUGUGACUUUUGACAAAACAUCUCAUCCUGCUGACUUUUUGGAAGUCAAAUCUUUCAUUUAGUGUGAAUAUUAAAUGUAGACAUUGUAAAAAUGGCUAUUUCUGUAGCUGCCUGGCUGACACCUACCCCAUAACUGGUUCCAGGCAUUAAAUAUUAGAGUAAACAAAUCACUAACCUUGUCCCUGGUGGCCCUGUUUGCUUUUGGAUAUAAAAAUACAUGUAUAUGAAUUUCAGUUUCUUUUAUUGAUGUGAACAAAAAUCCUCAUAGUGGCUUUAAACAUUGAUGAAAAUUUUGUUGGAAAACAAUAAAAAUUUCUAUCCCUAUCUAUCCUGAACUUUCCAUGACCUGCUGAAAAAGGAUAGCCAGUGGCAAAUACCAUGGUCCAUGUAUUUUUUUGGCAUUUACCCUGAAGCAGAAUUUGUCUUUUUGAUUUCAGCGGCCAGGGAGCAGCUGAUCAGGGAGAAGGAGCGCAGAGCUCGGCUGCAAUAUGAGCGCACAGUGGAGGAGCGCUGGAGGCGUCUGGAGGAGCAGAGGCAGAAAGAGGAGCAACGCAGAGCUGCUGUAGAGGAGAAGAGGAGGCAGCAGCUUGAGGAGGAGAGGGUCAGCUGAUUUCAUGCAAAAUCACGUUUCAUAAACUUCUCUUUUUUUGGCAGAGGACGCACAAUGUUUAAGACUUAAAUGACACAAAAACAGUUUUUAGGCAACAGUGAUCACACAAGAGUCUGUCUCUGCUGUGUUGCAUUCAGGAGAGACUUGAGGCUCUGAUGAAACGCUCUCUGGAGCGUAGCCUUCAGUUGGAGCAGAGGACCAAACGCUGGAGCAGAGGCUGCCACUCAGGAGCAGGUCAGAACAAAGUUUAUAGUUGUUAAUAAAGAUUGUGUUUGGAACAGCGAAUGUCUGAAUGAUUAGAUUCAAAACUAAGAAGAGGGAGAUUAAAGGAGAAAACCUUUAUUUUUAUUCAAAGGAUUGCAGUUUGCUUUUAUUCUUGGGAGACUGAAGGCAUUUGAAUGAAUGUUGGAGGUUUUGUUUAAAAGUAAGAGUGUUUCAGUGACUGUUGGUGCGUGUGACCAUGGGCCUCUCUCUCCAACAGCCUGGCUGCUGAAGUACGCAUGAGCAGACAUUAGUUCCUGGUUUCCCACAGAGACAGGAUGAAGUUACAAACCUGCACUGAUGUCUCUAUAGCACCAAUCUUCACUUCUUGAAGGGAUAUUCUGAUGUAAAAUUAAUUUAGGGUCAAACACAUCGUGACACUGAGUUAGACACCCCAUCGAGAGAUGAAUGUUGCUGACCGCUGCUUCUCUAGUUAUACCAACUUUAGUAAUGACACUAUAGCAAAGACAUGAUAGCAAUACACAGCGGUCUGAGAAGCCAUCGACAAACCUCAACCAAAACGCCACUCUAUAGUCACAAAUAAUGCUCAGAACAGCACCUAACCUCAUUGACAGUACAUAUAGGGUCCCAGGCAUAGUACUAGCCACCAAACAUCUUUUUAGCUUUGCCUGAUUUCUCUUCAAAGAGACUAAACACAACUCAACUACUCUCUUCCAGCAGCCGCUUGUUUGUUGCGAGACCUUGAACAAGUCGAUCGCCAACUGCUGCGGGGUGACGCAGCUCAAGGAAGAACAUUUAUGAUUAUUUCUUCAUGGAAAUGCAAUCAGACCGAGACGCUAAGGCAGAAGAACUACUGUGUCUGCAGCGCAAAAUAAUUAAUAUGGUGAUUAUUACUUUAGGAAAUGAUAAAGAAAUUAUCCAAAAUGUUCUUCCUUUAGCUGAGUCACCCCGUUGUAGUCGAUGAUGGACUAUUCCGAGCUCUCCCUACAAACAAGUGGCUGCGGGAAGAGAGUAGGUGAGCUGUGUUUAGUCUCUUUUGCUAAAGAAAUUAGGCAAAGUUCAAAAGAUGUUUGCUGGCUAGUACUAUAGCUAGGACCCGAUAUGAACUGUUGAUGAAGUUAGGUGCUGUUCUCAGCAUUAUUUGUGGCUAUAGAGUGGCGUGUUGGUUGAGGUUUGUUUAUGGCUCCUUAGACCGCUGUGUAUUGCUAUCGUGCGGUCGUUACUAAAGUUGGUAUAACUAAAGAAGCAAGCGGUCGGCAACAUUCAUCUCUCGACGGGGUGUCUAACUCGGUGUCACGAUGUGUUUGACCCUAAAUUAAUUUUCGCAAGAAUAUCCCUUUAACCUCUAUUAAGUACUGAGUUAAUAACUGCAACACAGGCUAUAAUGCUAUAUGCUCUUUGCACUCAUUACAGGAAGUGUAACACUAAUGACUUACCAUGAGACCAAAAUACUGACUGUCAGAUGACAUCCCUGCUGGUGUGUUAGCUCUCAUCCAGGUCUCCACAACUGAAUGAGGAACUGCUCAGAUAAACUGUUCAUAACGCUCUGUUUGCUCUGCUCUGCUCCGCCCGCUGCCUAUAGGUGACAGUGAGAAUGCCCCACUCCCUUUCUCUGCUGCCUCCGCCUUUUCCCAUGGCAUUGCCUCCCCCCUUCCUGCUGUCAGCGAAUCUGGUAAAGUUAAGCCCCCUUUGCCCUCCCAAAUGUAUAUCCCCUCCUGUUCAUCCAACAGUUACCAUGUCUGUGUCUGUUUGCCUUUGAGCAGGCUGAAACCCCAAAAUUAAACCAAAGGCAAAUGUGUCCUUCCUGUGAUGCAUGCUUCUUAGGCUGCUCUGUUCUGUUUGCUGGUGCAUUUGGAGAUAAUGUUCGUCUGCACAGUAAUGUCUUUGAUGGCAAGGCUUUGUAUGUCUGCUGUGUUUGUGCUUUGCUGCCUUAAUCUUUGACAGUGCUGAAGCAUAAUACGUCAUAGGGAUGACAAUUAGGAGGGUAGUGUCAAUAAUUCAGGAGUUCUUCCUUCGAUAUAUUGCCACAGUUCUCCAGAAAGAGUGGUGAUGUUAUGAUCAAUCUAGGACCACAUCUACUGGAGUCUGACGGAAUAAUGGUCACUGCUUUGGGCAUUAUGUGACUGUGGCUGUGACUCAUUUUUGUGGGCUUCAUACAAAAAGUGACACUAUUUUCUUAAAACAAAAGAGAAGCGAACUUUGGCCCUAAAAAUAUGGCUGCAAACUUAAGUCAUAGUUUCUUGGUUCUGAACGAAUACAUCAAAAUUUCUAGAGCUCAGACUGAGUGGAAACUAAGACAAUAAAGGGAAUAAACUAUUCAAGGAGAGAGAAAGACAAAAUAGGGGACAAGAAGAGCACACAGUCCUCUGAUCUUGUCUGGCACGUAACUCUGCAGUAUAACAGCAAGAAGGCACUUUGAGGGGAAUAAGACAAUAACAAAAGUUUCUGCUAUUUCUUAGACUGAAUUAUGUCUGAAGGGGCUUGUUCUUUCCACUAAUUCAUGAGCUUUCAAUCAGUAUGCUAUGCUGCUUUUUUAUUAAUUCAAGAACACUCCCACUGUGUAGACUCUCUCAAAUUUUUCUCCAACCAAACGCAGGAUUAGUUUCCCCCUGAUUAGAGAUCUUACAGUGAUUACAGACAGCCUAGACUUGCAGUUCUUCAUUAUAGGGUAUUAGCAUCACAGUUUCUGCUCAUCUUUGUUUCUUUAUUUUUGACAACGGUUUGGUUUUAAUAUGAAAGCAGUUAAGUGAUGAUGGACGAUUUUAAUCGCCAUUGACCUAGAAUAGAAAAAUGUGCACUAAAAUAGAAACAGAUACAGGCAUCCCAAUGAGAGGGCUGUGCUCUUUAGAGAUUACUCUUUACAGAUGGUGACAGAUGGAGGUGAAGUUAUGAGAGACAGCCAGAAGAUUGCUUCUCUUGUUGUAUGAUGCAUUCAAUGUUUAGGGGAUUGCUUUUGUGACUCUGAGUCUGAGUCUGAGUCCAUGGGGUUUUUUUUUUUUUCAUAUGCGGUUUUUGGUUCAGGUGUGAAGAAGGUAGAGGAGUUGUGAAUAGGGUUGGUGAUGUACAGUAUUUGUAGCCGCAGCUCUGGCCUGUGUGUGCAUGUAUCACACUGAAGAGAUCACAGACUAAGGAUUAAUGCCUAAGAAAGACCAGCAUGGCAUAAAUACAUUGUGUAAUGAGUGAAUACUGGCAGGAGAAAGACGAUGAUGACUUCAGUUUCCAUCAGUCUGGCCUAAUCUAAAACAGGACAAUCAUUCAUCUCUUUUUAGCUGAAUCAGAACCAAAAUCAAUACCCGAGCAUAUGAUUGAAGAAGAACUUUAUUGAUCCAACAAAUUCUCAGGCUAAAUUGUCUCCUCCAGCAUUGUGUCUGCCAACUGACUUUGGCAGCAAAAGCAGGUCUGUAAACCUCAGUUGGUUGCAGCACACACAGUUCAGUCAGCCCCCCGCCCUGGCUUCUGUAUUAAUAUCCCUCUGUCACUUUUUAUCUGUCAUCAUCUGAUUUGAUAAGCAUUGUGUUUGCCAUCAUGCAGCGCCUUGCAGCCCUCACAGGUCACCCUUCUGCAGCUCACUGAAUCCUGCAGAUCACAGCAGAGCUGGGCUUCAGGGAGGCUCUCAGUCCACUCCUAAUACCCCCAAGGUAAUAGCAGGCACAUAUCCAACAGCUUUACUUGACAGACCUAAAAAAAAUAUCCGAAACAACUGAGCAAGCUUGGCUACCGGCUGCAAGAUCUCAUAUCUUUACCUGACUCUACUAACAGAAAGAGCGGCUCCGCAGAGAAAGAAGAACUGCAUCCCCAGGAUGUGGAUCACCAGUUAGAAGAUCUGAAUCUCCUGCUACCAAGUACUUGGGUUCCCCGACUACCUCCAAGUAAGAUUUUAAACUUUGUAUAAACAUUUCUGUAAACUCAGGCUAUUAUCUUUAUUUCAAAUACCUCUCCUCUCAUUAAGCGCUUUGUAAUGAUGAAAAACAUCUCUGUCUGUAUCCAGGCUGGCAUCAAGAAUGCGUGCCCAGUCUCCCAGCAAUGCACAUCAGUACCAUUACUCUCCUACAAGAAAUCAUGCAAACCUGUCAGCUGAUGAUGGGAAAGCAGAAAACAAGAAGACAGAAAAACACGGUGAACAAACCAAAGCUGAGACUGCAGAGAAGAGAAACACCACCAUUAAUGGACCAAGUCCAUCUCCUCAGGCUGAAAAGAAUACAGUCAACACUGAUGUCAGAUCAUCAAAAGUUGAAACCCUUGAUAAGCGACUUAAAGCAGAAACACGCGAGAAAAGUCAGUCUCCUGACAGAAAGGACAACAAAGUGGAUCCAUCUGAAAAGAAGACACAAAGCAGCACUCAGGAAGGCGACAAGAAAAAAGGUCAACUCUAUGCAGAUGAUACCUGAGUAUUUGCGACAUUACUUUAAAGUAUGUUUGAGUGCACUUAUAUGAUCUUACACCAGUCCUUUUGUGUUUGACAGAUUCAACAACAUGCACAUCGGCAGGGAAAAUGGCAGCAGGCACAACGAAUGCAGAGGAGGCAACUAAGCUGCUGGCAGAGCGCAGGCGCCAGGCUCGAGCUCAGAAGGAACAGGAGGAGAAAAAAAGGGAGCAAGAGGAGGAAGAGAGGUGAGUUCAUUCUAAAAUUACUGAAUAAUCUGCAGGGUUUUGAGCCUUAAAAUGUGUUAAAGAUAUUUAUGCACUUGCAAAACAGACUCAGGGAAGAGCAGUUGAGAAAGCAACGUGCUCAGGAGGCAAAGGCUCAACAAGUCAAGGAGAAAGAAAAAACAGAGGAAAGCCCGCAAGAGGUUAAACAAGAAGAACAGAACCACAAGAAAGAAGAGCAGGAUGUGAAGCUACAAACCUCGACUGACAAAGAGGUAGAGGAACAUUGAUCAAUGCCGGGCAGUUAUUACCUUUUUGACAGAUGGAUUGGCUUCUGAUUUGUCUUUGUCUUGCAGUUCUUAGUCACUAAAAGAUUUGUUCUUGUCCGAACAGAAAGAAAAAUCAAAGGUCCAAGCCAGUGAGGAAGCCGAGCGUCAGCGGCAAGACAGAGAACUACAAAAACAACAAGAAGAAGAGGAGAGGCAACUAAGAAAAAAGGUGACUUUUAUCUUCCAAACCCUUAUAAGCACUCUUCAAAAAGAGCAUAUUUUCCACUUUUGUCAUGUUCAAACUGUGAUUGAAUAUUGCUCUUUGUUUUGCAGAGAAUUGAGGAGAUAAUGAAGAGAACCAGGAAGGCUGAAGCUGAUUUAAAGGUACUGUAAGAGACGCCUUUUGAUCUCGAACAGUAAUCCUGCUGCCUUUGAACGUCCACUGAUUGAUUAAGACCUUUUUGUUCAACUUUAAUUUAUUGAAAGUCUAAUUUUCUGUUUUCAUCUUUAUUAAAUUCUACUGUUGGUCAGACUUUGUUUUUGCGUGCUAAUUACCUCAAACACUGACUCCGUCAUCUCUGUUCUACAUUGAAUCAGAAGGAGGAGCAGGUGGAGACCAAGCCACCAGGUUAGUGUGAUAACAAGUCUCCCUGCAAAAACUUGAGUUUGCCUGCCGUUCCUGCUCACUCUCCCUUCUCUUUUCAUGCCUGGCAGCUGUAAAAAUGCAAGCAGGGCAUGUAUGGUUUUCAGUGCGACAUAUAUUUUUGUUAGCUUCUUUUGAGCAUGUCGGCAGAUUUUUCUUUACCUGGAAGCUGUGCAGUAACUAAAGGUAGAUUUCAAGUUGUCCCUGCUUUUUUUUUCGUUUGUUUGUUUUAUAUCUGAUGCCUUGGCUUGAAUGAAAGCUAUGAUCCUUGUCCACACCAGCUUGAAUCAUCCAAGAUUUUUCUUCUUUUAUUUGCUUAUGCUUUAGGCCAUAAAUUAAGAGCCAUCUGGGCUGGGUCACAGUAUUAUCUGGAAUAUAGAGCAACAACCAAGGACUUUUCUCCUGCUGAUUGGGCAGCUUUUACUGUAGAGCAUUACCAUGGGAGCUGACUGUAAAAUUAGAUAUCCUUGACAAUGUCCUUGGAAGAUUCAUUCAGGGGUUGCUCUGCAUCAGUGAGCUAACACUUUAUCUGGACUGUUCAGUGUAUUUCUCAAUUCCUUUAGGUGCCACUUUUGACAUUUUUGGCAUGAACUUGUCCGAUUAUGUUAAUUAGUUGUUAAAUGGAUGAUCCAAAUAAAGUGAAGCCCACUGUGGUAUUUUCUUACCCUCCACAGGUGAAGUAAAGACUGUUCAAAGUAAUGUCCAGGUAAAUGAGCAAACAGUCAAAAAGGUUGAGUUUCAGGUAAAAGAGACAGUCACAGCUCUGGGCAGCACAAAGGCAUGCACCCCGGUGAAGAAAGAAGCAGCAGUGGUAGCAGCAGCACAGAUGGACAACUUGAAGAGUUCGCCUGUUAAAACCAACACCCAUCAAGUGACACCCACACAAAAUGUUCCUGACGUGAGAUCUGACACCAAACAGGCCUGUGAAGUCAGUCAGAUCAAGACAGAGAGCAAAGCCUGUGUCGUCAAGCAGCAGGGAAGAGAGGUGCAAAUGAAUGUAAACUUGCAGAACAGGGCUAAUGCUAAAGCCGCAGACCAAAUAAUUAAGGAGCAAACCAAGUCAACAGCUGUCAACCAAAGAGAGGGGGGUAUGAUGAACGGAGCGGUGAAGGGGGAGGGAAACGCCCUGUUGAGAAGCCAUGUAACAGCUGAGGUAAGCAAACAACAAAGCCUAAAAGUGGUGACAGCUGAGAGGAAAGCCAAAGGAGGGUCCCAGGUGGAGGCUGUUAGACCCUCUGUGACACCCCUGCCGGUGGGACACCUUUCCCCGCCAGUCAUUAAGCUGGAGCCGCUGAACGUGAAAGGGACUGAGUCCUGUGACGAGGUGCAGUCUAUGGAGGUCAGGUGAGUCUCAGUGAGUCAUUGGUACUAUGUUAUCAAACCACAACACAAAUUGGACGACAAUUGACCAUUUUUACACAAUGACAAUUUUCCUGUAAUGCCAUACUGAAGAUGGGAGUAUAAAUGGUGUUUAAGUGUUAUGAUACCAAAUCAAAGGUUGUAAGUCAAAUUGACAUUGGGAAUCUGACCAUUUUUACUCUCUUUUUGUAUGGAUAGUAAAACAUGUAGGUACCAUUGGCCAUUAUUCAUGUCCAACCAAAGUCAAAAAUCGGAUAAUACUCAAUGUUUUUAGCUUUAUAUCUGCAAUUGUGUAAGUUAGAAAGUGUUUUAAUACUUUCAACACAAAUAAAGAGUGUCAUUUGGGACUAGGAAGCCACACAGCUCAUGCUGAUUUCAGCUAGCAAAAUGUCCAGUGCUAACAUAAGCUGUUGAUGGCAGCAGCAUUUAUCAUUUAUACAAUUUGUAUCAAAGAAGGACAGUCAGUCAAAAACAGCACUACGGUUUUUGACAUUUAAUUUCAUUUAGAUAACUGUCUCACAAGAAUUAUUUUUGUGGACUCUAUUCAUCAUUUCAGUAAGACAGCGGCUAAUGAUAGCAUUCAGCCGCUUCCUAACAUUACAAUUAUUAUUUGAAGAGUUAAAAUAUUUUAUUGAAGUUGUAGUUUCACCUUAAGCUAUGGCUAAAUGUCCCUCCAGGUUUUACAGGUUUACUUUAAUCUUUUUUAGGUUUUACAUUGAAGGGGGGAGAAGUGAUAAUCAUCUUGAGGUUUCCUUCAAGCUAACUUUUGCAUUCAAUCUGUGGACAGUUAUUCAGCCAUGUCCUGCCUUAAACUUUUGCUUGUUAGGAAGUCUUUGAAUGUCAUCAGCUUUUAAUAAUGGUAUAUGAUACUAACAAGGUAGUAAGUCUCUUGCAAGUGUAACCUUGGGUUAGGUUUAGUACAGGCUUUAAUGUUGAUAGUAGCUGUUUACCUACAAACUUGCCUUGAAACAUGGCUCAAAGCCCCUUUAUGUUUCAUAUUUCAUAACAUUUUGAGUGCAUUAUUAGUUUAUGAGCUGAGAUUAAAUCAGAUGUCAGAUCCCUUAUUAUCAGUUGAUCUGCAUAUCUUAAACACAGCAGUGAUUUAUCACAGCAUUUGAGCUUUUCACCCUAAGUGUGACAUCUGAGGCGUAUGUCAUCCAUGUGUGUAUAGUGACCAAAAGCAUCUGUCUAUCUCUGUGUUUCAGCCCAGCUUCAAAAGAGGAGCUAAUCUCAAUCCCCGAGUUCUCUCCAGUCAACGAAAUCCAUCAUGGCAAUGUGAGCAACACCCGUGCUCUCGAGGAUCUCAUAGACCUGACAGGCGGCGUCACCUUCCCCAAACUGUCCUCUGAUGGCAACAUAGGUGACUGCAACAAGAACCUCAUUGAGGGCGUUGUCAGUCCUAUGUCAGACUCAAAACUCAUCGGGAUGCCGCCUCCAUCCUCAAAUAAACUUAGCAUCAAGUAGCCCAGUAAUCUCUCCCUGUUCUCUUCCCACUUGCUAGCCUUUUCUCUCUGCCCCCCCGUUGCACAUUACCAUCACAUUUUAGGUGCGUGCCUAUGUCACCACAUUUAUGGAAUUAGAGCCAUAGAGAUUGACUUCAACAAAAAGGAGAACCUAAUACAUGACUUGCAAUAUAAACAUCUCCUAUAUUACGGCCAUUAGCAACUGCAUUUGAAAGUAUGUUUGUUAAAUCUUCAGUUGUUGUUAUGAAGACGUGUGUGUGUGCAUAAGAUGAGCACAUGUGAGAGGCUCUAGAAGAGACAGUGUGUGUGCGUAUGUGACAGAAUGACAAAGAGAAAAAUAUCAGGGUUUUGAAUAUUAUAUAAAUGAAGAAAAUGCAGUUGUGCUAACAUACGGUAGCAUUAAAAUUGCCUAGCUUUCCCUUCCUAAGUCCCAGAAUGAGAGUGAUAAAGCCUGCUCAGAGUGUUGAUUACUGCAUUUGAACCUCUGUCUUACCACCUCUUAAGUCUUUAUAUCUAAUUCAGUGUUUAACUGGAAAAGGCAUGAUUUCACCAUCUUCAUGAUUGGCUAGUUUUAAACACUUCCUCUCUUGAGAUCAUGUCCUUAAUGCAUGUGUUGAUGACUGAUUUGGCUGGUCUAAUGGAUGUAUCAGCUAAACUCAGAUCCAUUAGGACUCUUGGGACUGCAGCAGCUGUUCACUUUUACUUAUUCUUCAAGGUCCCAUCAGUGAACAUUUUCAAUUUCAUGGCAAUGUGAUGACUCCCUUUAUUCUUUAAUAUUCUUAAACAGGGACUUUCUAACUGCAUGCAACAAAGGAAAUUCAUUUUGAUGCUACCGACUUGAAUGUGUCGAUGCAUUUAAAAAUAUUGCCACCAUAAAGAAAAUGCUGCAUUGUUGUGUGUUUGCUGCAGACUGAAUUGAAGAGCUGAGUUGGACUCUGUAGCAACUAGUUACAUUCAUAAAAGCUUAGUUCGCUGUCGAGUUGCACAUUUCUAAAGUAUUCUACGAAACAGAUUUCUAGUGUUUAAAAUACUGAUAGCUGAGCAACUUAAUGUCAUAAUUUUCUUUUUUUGUAGGCUUUUCUGUAAGUGUGCCUCGAUAUGUCAAGGGUUUCCAAGGCAAAGUACUAAGGGAUGCGUUGAUUUAUUGGACAUAGAUAUCCAGCUGCUUAUGUGUCAGAUUGAACUAGGACAGGAUCAACAAGUCUUUUUUUGUAGCUGUAGAUUCACUUUGAAGAUAUUUCCUCUUCUUCAGUGGUAGAAGUGGUCCUGUACUGGGUUCCUCUAAUUCUGUGACUAUUUCAGGACUUAUAUGUGAAAUGCUUCUUUUUGUGGUAUGUCUAGAUGUAAUUUCAGUAGCGAUGCCUUACAAGGGACUGGAUUUUUGAGCAAAACAUUUCCCUAAUUUAUGUCUGUAUACAUUUCUCCUCUAGAAUUACAGUGUUUGGCCUGUAAUACUUGAACCUUGGUUUUAAUGCAUCACUGUCCAUGAUGCUGCAAAAAGUUAUGCCAAAAGCUUGUACACAUGAUUAUGUCACUGGUAAAAUGGCAUUAAGAUUUGUGUUCUCCAGACUCCUGGGAUUUUUUUUCCUAAAGUGGGGUAGCCAUAUAAAUACAUACAGUAUUUAAAUUGUAAUGUUUCCACUGUAUCUUGCAAAUGAUGCCGUUUCACAAUAACUGCGAUACUGCUUUCUUUGCUCACUGUGAUUUCACCACAUGCAAAUGAGCGUAGAGUAAUACUACAAUAAAUUCACCCCACUCAUACCCACAUUACAAAACGGUUAGCUUCGAGUCAUGUAACUAUUGUAGACAUUGCGCAUGGUUAGCAUGGUCAUGAUGUGAUAAGAAACAAUAAACUGUAAACCUAGAUUUCAAUUUGUGAGUGUGUUUCCUUGAGUUGUUACCUUGACUCAAAGACAAACAUAAAGUGGGUGGCUAAGUAUGCAGAGGACACAUUAAACAGCUGAUUACACAUAAGGAUCAAUAAAUAAAUAAUUUUGUUACCCAUCAAAACGAAGACCCCUGCAAUAACACCUCCAAAAAAAUCUAACAUUAAAGACUGACAUAUAGUUCACUUUUGGGGAACACGUAAAAGAUAAUUUGAUGAGUAGUAAUUUAUUAUUUUAUAGUGUAUGGCAUGGUGGAGCGGCUGGGCAAAGGGUAAACAUUAGGGGUGGGAGGAAAAAUCAAUUCACAUAAGUAUCGUGAUUUUUUGUUUUACAACUUUUUUUUUUUUUCAAACUGAAGAAUAAAUCUUAAAAACUGACUCACAAGUGAUGUGUAUUUUUUGGGGAAAUAUGGUUCCUGGAAUAGUCAGCAGACAAUCACAAUCAUUCAACUGUUUCACUGGUGUUAAAAAUGCAGAAUAGACGGGUUUCUUGUGUACAAACAAUAAUAGGUGCGCGCGCAACCAUGGGGCAAAAGCCUGCUUCGGAGUGAACUGAUAUCAAUGAAGAUGCCGUAUUGUUUGCAAGUUCUCCCUGACACAACUGCAAUAAAAUGUCAUUUCACUGAAAAGUCGCUGUGUCUUAGAUUGCAUCAAAAUUAAAAAAACACUUGCGUAAAUGUACAUGAAUUUCACUUAAUUUACCAGGUUGUGACGUUGUUUUAGAUGUUUCUAAUAUCAAGAGCAGGGUUGUAAUGUUUGCCGAUUGUUUGUUUUGCCGAUUCGUGCAGUUUACAGCACAACAGCUCCUUGUCAUUUUCUUUCUCAGUUGACUCCGCUAGUAAACAAAUUAGAAAUGUCCCGCUUUCUGCCCUAAGACAUCACGCGCAUACCUGCGAUGACGUUGCACAGAAACCCAUCUAUAAAUAUCAAGAAAAUCAACAAUAUCGUAGAAUCGCAAUUUAAAUCGAAUUGGCAUCCAAAAAAUUGUACAAGAAUCGAAUCGGGAGAAAAGCAUAUCAUCCCAACCCGAGUAAACAUACAGGUAUGUCAGCGAAAACUGACCAAAUAUAAGUUGUUUUAAUCCCUGUAAAACUGCUCACAAAACUAAAACUCUGAUCACCAUAAAAGUAAGAUUUAGAGUGGAGUAUAACCUGUAGGUUACCCUUCCCAGCUAAAGUUAUCCCAGCUCAAGAUAUAAUGCAUGAUGGACUCUGAACAUCACAGACAGAUUGUCUCCAAAGCGUUGAUAAGAUAAACUUUAACUUCGUCUUCUUUUAUCAUCUCAACGACGCUGUAAAUCGAUAUUUUCUUGAACUUUAUAAAAGUGGAGGUUUCAGAACAAAACAAAUAUCUUAGUGCCUUUUAAUAAACCAUUUAUCGUCGACUGUUGCUACAACGAGAGAUGCGGUCCCAGAACUGCGGUCGUCAAACUGCAGCUUACACGUUCAACAGGACGAGCUGAAACGCCUCGCGCAUGCGCUACAGUGGCUAAUUUUACUGGUCAGCUGCGCAGCUACUGCGUUACCUCUUCGACUGUUGGCCUUUGGUAAGUAGUGAACUAAAUUGUUGAAUUAAUAGCUCAUUUGUGUUGACAAAGUUAUUGUGAAGGGAUUUACUGCCACGCUGUCCAAGUAAGUCACAGUUAAAAUGUAAUUUUUUCGAGAGCCACGUUCCGCUAAAGCUAGCUCCAGAGCCUGUGUAGCUAGCUGAUAUGGUCUAGGUGAAUUUGGUAAGAAGAUAAGGUUACUCGCGUUAGCCCGACCUUUGUGUCCAUGUCCGAGCUUAUAACGCCAAAGAUUACCUCGGAUGAUAUAACGUAGGUGCUUACUAACAUCGAUGUGGUGGUAAAGGCCUAGAUUGUCGUCUCAUGUUCCGUCUUGCUGAUACCAAAAAUGGAAACAUCAGGUCUGAAACUGGACCAAACAUGUCUGACCAAUCCGCGGAUCUCUCAUGUAGCCAUUUCAUACGACUUCGAUCCUGUCAUGUAGUAAAGUUAAAUUAGGGUGUAGUAAGUAAACAUGAAGCAAAAUGAUUGUACGGCUUGUGUGUUGAAACAGCAGAUCCGGGUUUGGACUUUGCUGUUACGUCAGCUUACAUGAAACUAAAUUUACACCGACCAGCUUUAACAUGGCGAGGACCCGGCGGCCGAUUGACUACGAUCCAGCACAAUACAACAACAGCUUUACCACAAAUAAGACUUUAAUGAAGUUCCGACACUUUCAGAGUUUGUUGAUAUGGACAGACAAGUGAUAAAUGUUCCUGAAGUUUAUUGUUGUUGGUGGUUGAGUUGUAGAGGGUGUUGAUUGUGGACUGGCCCGAGGUCUCACUACAAACAAGCGGCUGCUGGAAGAGCGUAGAUUAGUUGUGUUUAGUCUCUUUGCUAAAGAAAUCAGGCAAAGUUAAAAAGAUGUUUGGUGGCUAGUGCUAUGGCUGGGACCCUAUAUGUACUGUUGAUGAAGUCAGGUGCUGUUCUGAGAAUUAUUUGUGAUUAUAGAUUGGCGUUUUGGUUGAGGUUUGUGUGUGGCUCCUCAGACCGCUGUGUAUUACUAUCGUGUGGGCGUUACUAAAGUUGGUGUAACUAGAGAAGCAAGCGGUCGGCAACAUUCAUCUCUCGGUGUGUCUAACUCGGUGUUACAGUGCGUUUGACCCUCAAUUAAUUUUACGCCAGAAUAUCCCUUUAAGUAUACCACCACCACCUAUUACAUCUUUAACAAUGAACAUAAAUUACAGUAAUCACUUAUAUGUGAUUCUGUAAUUGUGAUCAGGUUUACAAGCUUCUUGAAAAUAGUGUUUAUGGUAGAGCUGUUACUGUUGCUUUGCAUUGGAUUGCCAGGUGUUCCUAGUAAUGUUGUAGGAGCAUGCUUGUAGGGGAUAAGAAGCACUUUAUGCAUGCUUCUAACAGUGGUUUGGACCACCUCUGAUCACUUUUAAUGCCCUAAACUACAAACAUUUCUUGUUAUAAAGUUAAACAAAGACAUGGUAUUUGUGCUAGAUCAUAGAAAUUAAAAUUGGUCCGAAGCAGAUAUGCAUCUAUUCUCAGGUCCUCCCUCUCAUUCAUGCAUUACAAGCUGUUUCAUUUGAAAGCAGGCAAUGAUUAAAGAACUGAUUAGAUUAAGACUGACCAGGUGCUUAUCUCUGAUUACCAGUCUUUAUAUUGCUGUGGGUGGGCUUUGGAAUCAUCAAACCUUCACAGAAAUUUGCACUUUGUACUUUCUCUUUGUAUUAGAUGGACUUGUGACACAAAAAAAACAAAACAAAAAAACAAAACAAACAAACAAACACUGAACUGUUUCAUACACAUUAAGUAUUGUGUUUAUUUGAAUAGUACCUAAUGAUACCUGUUUUCAAGCAGCUGUUAUAGAUCUUCUUUAUUUGGUGUUAAUACUAAGUAUUUAAAAACUGAUAUGAAACAGAUUCACUCAAUGAGUUAGUAGAUUUGAAAGGAUGUUGAUUGUGGAACAGAAAAGUCGCCUUAAACAGUUCUUGAGAUUUCAGACUCAAUCUCUGGAGGUAUUGGAAUUCUGUCCUUCACCUUUUUUGUGCAACUCUUGUCAAAUAGCUCAGAUUUGGCGUCACUGUGUAAACUUUAGAUUAUGGAGUUGGGUUAAGAUUAUAGGGUUGGGUUAGGAUUGUAGCACAUCUGCUUUUGGUUGUCUAAACUCAUUGUUGUUUUUAUUGUAUUUUGUCCACAGAUUAUUACUCACCCUCAAAGAUGGUCAGACCGCAUUUUGGACCCCCACGCUUAAAGCCCAGGUAAUGUUAGUUUAAUCAUGUCAAGCUGAACUGAUACUCUGAUAUUUUGUUUAAGAUUGUUAAAUCUUUUGUUGUUAUGGAUGGCCAGGGUCAAAACCUCUGCUCUUUUUGCCCAUUAAUGGUUUAAAUUACUUAAUGUUUCUUAAUCAAAGUGUUAUCAUUUUCAUUAUGCCCUAACAGACCUUAUGGGGACAACCAUGGCAAUGGACCGAAUGAAGGAAAUUACAACCCCAACUCCAAAGGUCGAAGAGAUGUCCAGGGCUAUAGAGGAAACUGGAGAGAGUCCAGGGGUAGAGGACGACCCCCAGUAGUUGGAAGAGGCCCCCCAAUGGGAGAGCAAAGGGAGCCGCGUUUCAGUCAAUGGAGGUCCCAGAAUCAGGAUUCCUUUCAGUCAUAUCCCCCAAAAAUGGAACCACACCACAGUCAGAGGAGGCCCUCUCCGUCUCGGCCAAACCGUUCCCCUCAUAUCCCACAUCAGUCGGCAUCUCGUGGCCCGGCACAAGGAUCUCUGAAUCAGAGAGACCCGCCUUUCCACAGCCACCCCUCAGGUCACAGGUCACCCUCCCCCAGACAUUUUCGCAACCACCCAGUUGACAGGAGACCAGGCUCUGCACCAGCCUUUCAGGGGUCUUUCAGAGGCCACAAAAGGCAGUCAGGUUUUCCGCAUCAGGAGCAGCGGAGACGAGACCCUCGCGGGAGUUACAACCCCAGACAAAGCCCCCAUGAGCACUCAGGUCAUGGAAUGAAGCGCUGGAAUGAGGCUGGAGCUUUCUCUCAUCCACACAAUGGGGAGCAUGGGCACUCUGGGUCACAGAGAAGCCCCAGAGAGAUGCAUGGGAGAGGCUCGGGUCCAGAGAGGUACAGGAGUCAACCAGCGAUCUUAGCUGGGUAAAAUUAUGACAAAGGAGGCUAAAGCUGGCCAACCCCUCCUAGUUACAGGGGUCAUUAUGAUAUCCUCAGCUCUGCCCUGACCCAUAGUUAUGAGAGGGGAUUGUUGGGUUUGGAUGUAAAUGUGGUUUCAUAUGCCAUUGAAAGGAGGGUUACUUCUGUAAUUGCUCGUUCAGUUUACUGCUACCUGUUUCUUUUUUCAUGGCACUGUGAAGGGGCUGCAAGAUAUAGGAUAAAAGUUAAGUCCCACCUCCCACUUAACAUGGCAAUGGAUCUGUCAUUAUAAUGAUUUGUGUAUUGUUUGAUGGAUAUGCAGGUGGUCAUCUGAGCAAGAGUCCAGGCGGCAGCGUGGCCCAGUGGAGAGGCAGGGGAGCAGAUCCCACAGCAGAGAAAGGGCACAGGAUGGCCCUCACCCUCCCCCUUUCAGACCUCCACCGUGGAAAGGAGGUCCACCACCAUCAUCCUCCUACAACAGGAGCCCUCAGGGGCAGGCAGCAGGACCCCGCAAGAGGAGAAUAUCUGACAUCAUGCCCCCCUCAAACCCUUCAUUGGAUCGUGGCAAUCCGAAACAACCCAGAAGAGACAGACCUCAGCUGCUCAAUAUCCCCAGGCCGUUUGGUGGUAGACCCCUGUCUCUAAGGGAUAAAGGCUACCUGAUCAAGAACAGACAAAUCAAAGCUGAGGCUCUCAUGAGGCUCCGUAUUCCUCCACAUGUGAGACCCAGGCCUAACUUUGGCAACCGUGCCCCGCAAAAUUUCGCCCCUCGAAAUAUGAACUCUGUUUUUGCCAUCAGGAAAAAACGAUUCCAGUCUAAUGCAGGUCCCCUGAAAAAAACAGAACCAAGAAGGGCAGAACCCCAACAUUCGCCUUCCAGAGAAGAAAGCAAUGUCAGGGCAUCUUCAAGAGACUCGGACACAAGCAAAGAACAGGUGGAGUCUCGUCGGUCCUUGAACACUCACAGGUACGGUAUUUUCCUUCUUGCACUGUUCGCAGGGGCUUGAUGAUGAUUAGGAGGUCAACAAAGAAUGUCUCUUUGUGAAAUGGGGUGCCAGCUGUGGAAAAAGGAGAUGUCAGCUUAAUAUUCAACAUUGAGUCUUGUAAACAAAGGCUGCAAAGGUUUUCAAAUGCCUCCCUGUCUGCGUGCUGCAUAUGUUUGAAAUUAUCUCCACAUCAAGUGGGCUGAAGAAACGGUGCCAAUUUAGUACCCUGUCAGUAAAGCCAAGCUGCUCUAAAACCUGAGAAAUGUUUAUUUCCCUUAAUGAGGAGAGUGGAAACAGUAGUUGACCUGCACUGCUAAUGGAUUCGUCUGUUUGUGGGAGUUUAGUGAGCUGGAGAGGAAGUGCUCUGAAGCGUAUUUCCAAAAAUCUUUUCAUCCUUGAUAGAGAUCAGAUCUAUAUUGAAGCUGAAAUGAUGUUGUGUAAAACUAUUUUUUGAUGCAUGGGGAAAGAAGGAAAAAAAUGGUCGUGAAGAGGAAUGGAGCUUACAUGAACAAAAAUGCCCAACUACUGGAAACAUUAUCAGCCAUGCAUGGACUUCAAGAAAAAAGAGAUGCAUCAACUGAAAACACCAAGAGGAUCCCCCUUUUCAAGCCACUAUCAAUUCUGAAUGGCAAAGAGCAUCUGGAUUUAAUUCCAAUAAAUAGAUAAAAAUACAACAUUUUAUAUUUUGGAUUUGUUGUUUUUGCAACAACCAGUCAGAAAACAUUCUCAAACGAAUGUAGUAGACAACAGUUAAAAAACAAAUGAAGUAACAACGGUGGCAUUUGGGCUUUACAACACAUCGGUCAGUAUUCAGGGAAUUUGUAUUUAUCCCACACAUUCAUCAGGUCCAUUGUAGACCCUAAAGUGGAAUGAGGAAAAGAAUAUCACUUUCUCCGUCGAAAAUUGUAUUCAUUCACUCAAGAAGACAUGGCUCUACACUUUGAGACUCUAUUCUCCUGCGCUGUGAUACCUAAAGGAUGAUGCUGCAGCAUUCCGAUUCAGAAUCAGAACAAAGAGGAUCCAUAUUACAACUGAACUAUCUGCUCUUUGUACAUGCAGUCAUCAUAACUUGAAGAAUAUGUCCCUGACAAAACUGUCAAAUGGCUGGAGGAUGAAGAAUUUAACAAGGAUGAUGACUGAAAGAUUUUGCUAAAGUUCCACCUGCGGCAGAGGAACUACCGUACAACCACUUCCAUUAUAAUCACAAUGAUGUUUGAGAUAAAACAAAUCUUCAACCUUCAUCUAAAUCAAAUGGAAAAAGAAAAAACUAUCAUUGAGAACCUCCAAGAAGACUACACCCAAACUCAAGACCUGAGUGACGAAACCAGGCAGACAAAGAGUGUCUUUAAAACAUGAGAAUUAGUUGAGUGAAAGCAGAUGAUAAGCAAUCAGAAUUCCAACUUUGACGUUGCAUGUGGACAGAAGCAACUUCAGUUGUGUCUUGCAAGUCUUGAACGACUGUGUUAUCCUUAGUGGUGUGAAUGCAUUUAGGCUGGACCCACAUGCCAGCAUUUGCUCGGGUUUGCUCAAGCACAAUCAAGCAUGUGACCUAAAUGAAGUAAGCAGAAGUGCACAACAUCAAGAAAUCCAAAUAGUCGAGCUCUUUGUAAGACAAAUACGAUGAAACUCCACAAGCACGAAAAGUCUCAAACUAAAACCUGCAUAUUCCAACUUUUGAAUGCUAAACGAAGUAACCAGAAGUGCACAUCAACCGGGAAGAAAUCCAAAUAGUCGAGCCUUUUUCUAAGGCAAAUACAAUGAAACUUCACAAGCACGAAAAGUCUCAAACUAAAACCUGCAUAUUCCAACUUUCGAAUGCUAAACGAAGUAACCAGAAGUGCACAUCAAACGGGAAGAAAUCCAAAUAGUUGAACCCUUUUCUAAGGCAAAUACAAUGAAACUCUACAAGCACAAAAAGUCUCAGACUAAAACCUGCAUAUUCCAACUUUUGAGGACAUUGGGAAGCAUAGCAGACAAAAGAUGAUCAUCUAUUUCUCGCCCUUAAAUUUGUUGUUACGGGAGAAAAGAGCUCUGCACCGGCAGAACAAAUCUACCUAAGAAAACCCUGCCUUCUUUCAAACCAGCCCAACCCACCAAAUUUCAAGAAGAGGAGAACUAAGGGGGUUGAGGGUACACACUUGAAAACUGCAAAGCCUGCAGUACAUUUCCUUGAAGCCUGCUCUAUGAUGUGAGCAGUCCAAACAGGAUCAUCUCCAUAACCCCCCAAAAUCUAAGGACAGGAAGCUAUAAACCUGACAUAAACAUCAACCCAGCAAGUUCAUCCUUUUCUCCUUGGCUUUCACCUUCACUCGAAUCUUCAUAACAUUCUGUGAUGUCUAUCUCUGGGAAAGCUCUGAAUGAUGAGUGUGGCGUCCAUUUUUUUGCACUCUUGGGAUGAUGAAAGAGGACUGAAGGAGUUAUCAGGAUUGACAUAAUCAUAAAACCCUGUGAGUUCAUUCUGAUAAUGAAAACAAGGCAUUGUCCUCCUGAAUUCUUUGAGAGAGGGAUGAUAGAAGAUGUGACGAUGUGAUGUAGACCAAUAUCUAUAAAUCUCAAGAUUGUCCUGCUCAAACAAUCACUGAGUAAAGGAAGAACGCUCAGGUUGAUUCAGGGUACAGAAAUAGGAGUGUGGAAGCACAGCAAUCCAUGGUUUUUGUAAGUACCCAUGUGUGAUUUGUGGCUUUAUGAUCAUUUGUCUGCCUGCAAAACAAUGCUGAUCAUUAUGGUUUUGAAUUGCUAUACCUCUAAGAAUUGACAGGGUGAUUUUUGAUUUUUACUUAUGGUCUGUUUUGUAAAAAAUUAUAUGAUUUCAAUGAUGAAAUGUUCAUGCAAAUUUAUGUUGUUCAUACACACAAUGCUGGGAUAGAAAUGCUGAUGUCAUUAACAGCCCUGUCAAUGAUCUCUCCACAGAUCUUCUCCCAUUGAGAAACGGGAUCUUGUCGUUUUGUCUCACUGGCCCCCUGGGCCAAGCUCCUCAAAGGAUGGCUCCCCCCUGAGGUCUUGCAGCCCAAAGCCAAAGAGUGGUUAGUCCGUUCAGUCACUGAUUUCUUGUACUCCAGUGGCCUGAAGGCCCAAGGGUUCACCAUUUCUUUCACAGUUUUUAAAUUGAAAGUUUUUAUUGUUUUUACUCUGAUCAGAUACUGAAGCCUCUCCCAGCAGCCGAAUGUCAAAGAUGGACGAGUCAAGUGAGCCAGAACCCCGCAAACGAGGCUAUUUGGAUAGAAGAACAUUCAAGUACUUUUCAUGAAUUAUCUUUCUCAUUAUAAACUUAUUAUGAAAUUCAAUCAAUCUGUAGGCAGAGUGUCUUACGCUUUUCUUUUCUUUCUUAGCAGACCAUUUCAUAUGACACAGGACAGCAACAGACCUGGGAGACCCUUCAAGAGACCUGGACCAGGACCUGGACCCGGACCCAUGCAGGUGAGUUUCUUACCAAGACAAUGGAGACUUGAAGCCUCAGUUGCAGCUGGUAUGCAUGUGUCAUGGAGUGAACUUGGACUGAGCUUUUGGUUGAGAUUGAGUUAAACCCAAUGUGUCAUGCCUUGAAGGGACAUUCCAGUGCAAAAUUAAGUCAGGGUCAAACACACCGAGUUAGACACCCCCUCGAGAGAUCAAUGUUGCUGACCACUUGCUUCUCUAGUUAUACCAACUUUAGUAACAACCACAUGAUAGCAAUACACAGUGGUCUGAGGAGCCAUAAACAAAUCUCAAACAAAACGCCACUCUAUAGCCACAAAUAAUGCUCAGAACAGCACCUAACUUCAGCAACAGUACAUAUAGGGUCCCAGCCAUAGUACUAGCCACCAAACAUCUUUUUAGCUUUGCCUGAUUUCUUUAGUAAAAGACUAAACACAGCUCACCUACUCUCUUCCAGCAGCCACUUGUUUAAACCCUACGUCGAAAUUGGUUUAAUUGGUUUAAUAAUGUAAGAAAAAUAAUCAUUGUUUUAUAUUACUGACUUGCUGUUCACAGAGGCCAAAGUUCCCCGGGGGUCCAAGGAGGAUGGGUCCUGAACCACCCGGAAAUUUUAGAAGACCACUCAUGGUAUGCACUCUUUCUUUAGAGGUCACUGAAAGGUCAAAUUGAACAGUAGAUCUGUUCUAGUAGCUCAUUUUUCAAACUGCCUUAUUUUUUAGGAGAGCCUUGUCCCACGUCCCUUCCCUAACCAGAGGCCAGUGUUCAGGAAAAGUCAAAGUAUCAUGUCCAAGUACCGCACCAUGAGAGUGAUGCGCCAGCGUGCACCUUACAACAGAGGGCCUAACCAACAACGCUGGUGA